GUCAUUUCAGUGCUCAUCGGGCGAUGGGAGGAGACGACACGCUUUCUCUGGUGCUGCCCCUGCUGCUCGCCACAGUCGCCCUGGCCGUGUGGCUGUGGGGGCAGCAGAGGCGCCCUCCGGGAUUCCCGCCAGGUCCGACUUGGCUUCCCUUGGUGGGCAACUACCAGGACAUGUGUCGGCUGAGCAAGAAGCUGGGAUCGCAGCACGAGGCGUUCACGUACUUAGCCCAGAAAUACGAAUCACCCGUGAUUGGUUUACAUCUGGGCGGCGACCUGACCGUCAUCGUCUCCACCAGGAGCCUCAUACGCGAGGUGCUCACGCGACCCGAAUUUGAAGGACGGCCUCAGAACUACUUUGCGCGCCUCCGCGGCCUGGGGCUGCGGAAAGGAGUAACGUUGGUGGAGGGCAAGUUGUGGCAGGAGCAGCGCGCCUUCGUGAUGCGCCACCUGCGCUCUCUGGGCUUCAGCGGGGCUGCUAUGCAGGCGUUGGUGGGAGAGGAGGUGCGCGCCCUGCUGGAAGAACUGAGUGACAGCCGUGAGAGACCGACGCAGCUCAAGCAGCUGCUGGCGCCCUCCGUGCUCAACGUCAUUUUCCACUUCUGCGCUGGCUACCGCUUCCCGCGCGGCGACCAGCUGCUGCACACGCUGAUGGACCUGCAGGACGUGCGUUCUCGCGCCUUCGACAUGACUGGAGGCAAACUCAGCGCCAUGCCGUGGCUGCGCUUCAUCCAGCCCGAGGCAACGGGCUACAACGCGAUCACCAAGUUCAACAAGAUAACAAGCGCCUUUUGUAUGAAACUUAUCGAAGACCACAAGGCCACAUAUGUUCCAGGGAAGAAGAGGGAUCUCAUAGAUGCAUAUUUGUGUGAAAUUGUGAAAGCUGAAAAAGACCAAAAUGAUUACACAACAUUUACGGAGGAUCAGCUUCUCAGUGUGUUAUACGACAUGACUGUUGCUGGCUUGGAAGAAACAAGCAACGCUCUUCGAUUUGCAUUUCUUAUGAUGUUACGGCAUCCCGAUGUCCAGGAACGAGUGCACAAUGAGAUAAAAGAAGCAGUUGGUACUGACAGAUUUCCAACACUCGAGGACAAAGACAGGUUGGUUUACACUAUGGCUGCCCUAAUGGAGUCAAAGAGAAUGUGUUACGUGUUACCAAUAAAUGGAUUUCGGCGGUUACUCGAAGACACCACGCUACACGGCUAUAGACUCCCAGUGAAUACAACUGUGCUAGUAAACAACUGGUCACUGCAUAUGGAUAAAGAACACUGGGGUGAUCCUGAAGUUUAUCGACCAGAACGUUUCAUUACUGAAACUGGACUACUUAGAGAGGAUGACACAUUCUUGCCUUUUGGUCUUGGUCGACGUCGGUGUUUGGGGGAGCAGUUUGCAAAAAGGUUUUUAUUCCAAAUUUUUGCUGGAGUCUUGCAAAAAUUUCAACUUGUUCCUGCUGAUGGUACUGACCUGAAGUCUACUGCUUUUGGGGGCUUUAAUCUUGCACCAAAAACUUUUGACAUCAUUUUCAAAUCUCGAUAACACUGCAAAAACAAUACAAAUGUACUUGUUUUCAUUAUUGUUGUAACAACUGAAAUGUAAU